CCACCACGAAGGAGCAGCUCGAUCACAGGACCAGCGCGUGCCAUGAUCUGGCCAGACGCUACGACGCCUUUUGAAUCAGAAGAAGCGUCUCCCCGUAGUCUAUUUUCUUGCAAACAUGUUGGCCCGUUCGCCCCCUCCUCGGAAGCGGCGGCCGUUGCAGCCCCUGUUCUUUGAUUCUGAUGCACGGGAAGCGCAAGCGGAAGAGGUCGAUGCUGGCGCCCCUGCCAGCCUCUCAGAGCUCAGGGCUAGCACUCAGAAGCGGCAGCGCCUGGACUCGGAUUUUGUGACUGAGGAUCUUUUGAGAAGAAAUGAACGACGAUUGCAAACAGGUACGCCACUGCAUUCUUUGCGCAGCGACCCGCACAAUGUGGCGUCCACUUCGAAAGGCGCAACACCCUUCAAUCAGUUGAUCACAGCAGCGACCCCAGUCACGGGGGGCCGAGACACCGCCAGUCGACAAGUGCAAAGGCAGGGGGAAGGCGCCAGGUGGGAAUUGGCCCCUGCACCACAGAAUGCACACAAUGCAGGACUGUGCUGUACUUAUGAGUGCACAAACAUGGUGAAGCGGGAGGUCCUGGAAUUGCUGGAGGAGCAGCGGCGCGCGCUGAGCUCCUUCAAGCAGGAGCUAGCGACGGAGCGAAGGGCCAGGGAGGAUUCUCAGGCGGAGAAUGCAUCGUUGGUCCGGAAGGUGCGGGACUGCCGGGCGGUGAUUGCGAGCGCCGAAGCGCGGGAGGCGGAGAUACAGCGCAUGAGAGAGGAGGAGAUGAGGAGGGGGGAGGAGCGGUGGAGGGGGGAAGUGGGACGGGUCACUGAAUUGCAGAGGCUACUAGACAAAGAGAUCAAUGCGAGGGGCGAGGCAGAAGCAGCUGCUAGAUCAGCGGAGGCCCGGGCUACUGCGAUGGAGACAGGAGGUGACCAAGCGGCUGACCGAGCAGAGCGAGAGAUCCGGAGCCUGAAGGCCCAAUUGGAACGAGCUGAAGAUGAGCAUCGGAGCGCCCUCACAAAGGCAGACAUGCAGAUAAAAGGGCUCCGGAUAAGAGCCGAAGCUGCCACCGCUGAAGCAGACACCGCUCGGGCCGCCCUCGACGAAACCCGAACCGCCCUGCAAACCGCCCAGGAAGAGAACGCAUCCCUGGAGACGGCUCUCGCGAGAGCGCAUAGCCAGGCUUCCUCGUCGGCGCUACGCUCCGAUCGGGGACAUGAGCUGGAGAUCCUGGUGGGACAGCUACAAGCGGAGCUGGCGGCAGGCGCAGCGGACGUGGCGGAUGCGCGCAGGCUCAAGGACACGGAGUCGCGCGUUGCCGUGCUUCGGGAGCGGCUGGCAACCGCCGAGGGUCGAGCGGAACGAGCGGAGGCGGCGACGCGGGAAUAUGUCGAAGCAAAGGAAAAGAUCAGGACGCUGGAGGGUGAGAUCAGAACCUGGGAAGAGACGGCCCGGCAGCUGCCCGGGGUGGUCAACCGGGGCGACCUGGCAACCAGAUUCGAGGAGCUGCAGAAGGAAGCGCUGACGGCCCGGGCCAAGGAGGGUGACUUCUUGGAGGAGGUGGCGCGGUUGAGGAGUGCGCUGACGUCAGCGGACACUUCGCUGCGGGAGGCGCAGUCGGACAAGGCCGCGGCUGAAGGGAGAGCGGAUGACGUGGCGCUGGCGCUGCGGAGGGCGGAACGGAAGGUUGCGCUUUUGGUGAAAGAGCGCGACGGGCUGAAGGCCAUUUUGGCGAGCUACGAGGAGGAGGAGGCGCUGGACCGGAGCGAGCAAGGCAAAGACUCCACCGAGGAGGCCCGGGCGGCCAAGGCUAAGAUCCAGCAGCUGGAGACGGAGGUGGCGGCCGGGAGGGAGCGGGAAAAGGAACUAGAGGCGAACCUAGCGGAGGCCACCGGGGGUGCAGCGCAGCAGCGGCAGCGCGCGGACGGGCUGCAGAAGGAACUAGACGCGGCGGCGCGGCGGAACAAGGCUCUGGAACGCGAGAUGGAGCAGCUGGGCCGGGAGGUUGCGCUACUGGAGUCGCGGGUCGGCAAGGGCGACUACAACCGGGCCACCACCAAGGUGCUCCACCUGGCUCUCAACCCGGAGGUGGAAGCCCGGCGGACGCUGGCCAAGGACUCGCUAGAGGCCGAAGUCGAGGAGCUGCGCGCCAAGGUGAAGCAACUAGAGGAGGAGGCACGGACUGGUUCUCGGUCCCCGGGGGAGGAUCACCAGGUGGCGGAAGCCACGGAGGCGUCUGCGCAGGUGGCGGCACUGACCAACCGGGUCAACGCCAUGGAGAAGCGGGAGAACAGGUACAAGCAGGUGUUUGCGGACAAGAUCGCGGUGUUCCGGCAGGCGUGCACGCACCUGUUUGGCUACGGCAUCGAGAUGAGCGACUCGCAGGAUGCCGCUACGGGUGCGCCCAUCGCCACCUUUACCAUCACGUCAAUCUACGCCGACGACGAAGAGGACCGGCUGAUGUUCCAGUACCGUGAGGGCACCAUGGACAUGCUCGCUACUGACUUCUCGAGAACACCCGAAAUGGUGCGACAGGUAAACGUGUUCCUUGACAGGUUCAAGUCGAUACCUGCUCUCACCGCAAAUCUUACUGUUGAACUAUUCAACAAGCACACGGUUACCUAGGCCUUCAUGCUCGUCAGGGAAGGCCUACUCUUACAGUGGCCGGAAGAUGUGCAAAAGUACGAGGUGCUGAAUAAACAGCGCGAGCAAGUAAGAACUGUUGAACGUGUCAGAGUGACAUACGAAAGAGUGCUUGAUUUAUAAGGACAGGAAGGCAAAAGGAACAUCUUGAUCCAUAAUUGAGAAAAAUCGUCCUAGCUUCCAAGGCUGGAAUGCCUGUACACAAAACUAGC